UUUGUUAUUACGGAAGCUGCGUCUGCCACGAACAGUUCUACGGCCCUACGUGCAGCAACGUAAAGUGUCCUCCACCUCCCUCGGUGGCCAAUGGCGUCUGGCAGCGAGUAUACGAUGACGUCGAACAUCUCUACUUCACUUGUGCUCCGAACUAUAAACUGUCGAUCCAGUUGAGGACAGAUGCUGCAAGUUCAGCUGCCGAAGAAGAUAUUUACGAAGGUGUUACUGAGGGCGUUAAUUUGUCUUGCGUCCAUGGAGAAUGGAAGCCAAAUGAUGCAAUAGCUUACGAAGGCCUUUUUUGUGCCUUGAACAACUGUGAAGUCAAUUGUACCAACGGAGGAUCAUGCAAGUCCUCGCCAUACACAUGCGAUUGCCCGGCCUCGUACACCGGUAACUCCUGCGAAUACAACGUGGCAAAAACGUGCUCGGGACGCGUUACAGAGGUGGCAUUGAGACGCGGUACUAUUCAAUAUUCCGACUCUCCACAAGUUGUUCAUCUGACCUGCGAUGAAGGCUAUGAAUUUUCAGACGCAGCUCGCAAGAAAGACUUGCUGUGUGCUGAUGAUGUUUGGCUGCUGGACGGUAAAAAGAUCGUGAACAGCUCUUCACUGGCAUGCAUGCCGUCCUGCAGUGGAGGGUGCGGACCGGGGUUAUGCGUUGAGCCGGAACAGUGCAAGUGUCCGCAAAACACAGUCGGACCGCGCUGUGAAGAAGUACGCUGUUCUCAACCGCCGAAUAUCGCGGAUGGUCGAAUCCUCAAAGUAUUAUCGAGUCGUAACUUGGCAACUUUUUCAUGCAACAAAGACAAAGUAACGAAUUUUCCGUACCCGAGGACUUCGUCAGGAUUACUGACAUGCAUUGACGGACACUGGGCAAUAGCCAUUAAAUUUUACGUCGCUAAGUCACAACUUCCCACAAUAACAAAAUCUACGUCGUUCUCGUUGAACAACACAUACAUGCUCAUCGCUCGCGAGUUAUCAAAAGCUACGGAUGAAAGUGGAGCUGUCAUAUCACUCCUGCACAAAAUGACGAAUGAAAAUGACUCUCACGGAUAUGUCUUCAUUGGGAAUCACGCAUAUUUUGUUUCGUCUAUGAACGCCAAAAAUAAUGAAAGGUUUGAGAAUUUACUAUAUGCAGAAACAUCCGAUCUGCAGGACGAAUACUCCAUUUCCCGCUUGAAAAGAUCUACAGGAAAGACCGAAUCUUCACCGAUGCAAAACGACUAUGAGAAUCUAUUAGAUUAUGUAGGAAUUAACCUAGAAGACAAGAUUACAAUUUCACGGCAGAAAAGGACGGCGCUAGAGUUGGGUGUCCCUAUGACCUACAUGUUAACGGACGAUGCUCGGCCUCUGCAAUGCGUGCCGCGAUGCAACGAACUUUGCGAGCCGUACGGAACCUGCGACGCUGAACACGGAACGUGCGAGUGUAAGGAAGGAUUCUCCGGAGAAAAAUGUGAAAUUAGGUCCUGUUUAAAUAAUAUCGCUGUCAUCGAGUUUGGACUCACUACUCUAAGUUUUUUGGAAGCCAAAACUCAAGCUUCGGUCAAGAUCUCGUGCCUGACGGGGUUCAAGUUCGCCGACGAUAUCUCCGAGAUAACCGGCGAAUGUGUCCAAGGUUCAUGGAAGUUUAACAAACUCGUAAACGAAACACAAACUUGCCACCCGAAAUGUGACCAAACAAUUAUGUUCAAUGAUGAUGGAAGCAUGGAAAAAAAUGAAACUGGCUUCAUGUCCACUCUUGGUCCAAAAUCUAGAGCCUUGGCAACAAUUCAAAACAACACGGGAUGUCUGAAUGGAGGAGUGUGUGAAAAUAUUAAUUUGUGUUCGUGUCCAAAAGGUUUUACUGGGAGUUUUUGUCAACAUAUCGACUGUCCGACUGAUCUUGACAGCUUCCUCAUGAUCAACACAGAAAUUGAAUACAAGACAUCAUCGGAGAACCACAACGGUCCGCCUAAAGCUCGCAUCGUGUGCACCAACACGCAACUCAAGACUUAUGACUUGAGUUGCCGUGAUGGAGUGUGGUCUUCUCUUACGCUGAGCAACGGCAAGGAAAAUUACACGGCAUUUGUUGCCAGCAACAGCACGUGUCCACCCGUGUGCACAGUGCCUUGUGUCAACGGUGGACAGUGUGUUGGCAACGACUUGUGCUUGUGCACUUCUGAAUUCACUGGCAAGGAUUGUGGAGACCGGCGCUGCAUGAAAGACAUAUCGUCGAUAAUCCUGCACGGCAGCGUAUCCCAAGUCACCGAGAGUGACAAUGCAACAGAACCAAAAACCAUCGACAUCCUCACAUGCUCGGAAGGCUACAUGAUCCCUGGUCUGCAAGCCACGCAAAACACAACCAUCCUGAUAACAAAGUCAAGAAUUUUAUGCAGGCAAGGAGUGCAUAUCCUAGAGGCUACAGGCCAAGAGGUGACAAGCGGAACAUGCGUCCCGAGGUGUCAGAAUCCUUGUCAGAACGGGGGAGCCUGCGAGGCCCCCAACACGUGUCGAUGCACGCAAGAGUUCACUGGAAAAUCCUGCGAGAAAAAAGCCUGCUUUGUUAAAAAGGAUGAAGUUCUCAUCAGAGAGGGAGAGUCGCUCUACCUGAAGUGUCCAGCAGGCAAAUUCAUUUCAAGGAAUAUCAGCGUUGUCGAAGUGGUGUGUUCCGACGGUGUUUUUCUAGCUGACAGUAAGUCAAUCGCGCUCGGGGACGUGGACACCGCAAACUCCGGAGCUCGCAAUACCGCAGAAAUAAGUUCAGAAGUGACUUGCGUCGAAGGCUGCCGAACGUCUUGUCUAAACAGGGGCGUUUGCUCGGGUAUAAACACUUGCAAAUGCACUCCAGAAUAUGAUGGGCCCUUAUGUGAACUCAAGAAAUGUCCUCAGGUAUCGCAUGUCAUCAGAGGACAGCUUUCGUAUCAUAAUUCAAGAGCCGCAAAUCUAACCUGCGACGUCGGAUUUUCUUUUGAGACUGGAGACAUGGAAGUGGAAGUCAUCUGUCGCGACGGCAGUUGGGGGAUGCUGGUUGCCAGUGAUGAAAAUCCAGUUGAUUCUGGCAUCAAUGGGGGUGAAAUAUUCUAUCCGCUGGAUACAAUUUGUACAGCGAAUUGCAGGACUGAGUGCUUGAACGGGGGAACAUGCGUACCUCGCGACAAGUGCGCUUGUCCGGAAAAAUUUCACGGCACCUUGUGCGAAAUCGAAAUCUGUGACUUGAUGGAAUUUGCAAACGGGAGCAUUGUUGAAACGUCUGGCGGGUAUGAGGCCACAUGCGAUGAAGGAUUUUUCUUCGCCUCGGGGCUGUCGGUGAUGUCGGCUGUGUGCGAGGACAGACUGUGGAAGUUUCCAUCAUCCGACCAAAAUAAACAGAUCCUCCCUUCGUGCAUUAAAGGUUGUCCAUCCGAGUGUUUGAACGGAGGCAAGUGCGUGGGCUUGCAGGCGUGCGAGUGCAGCGGGGAGUAUGUCGGAGAGCGGUGUCAGGACGUAGGAUGCUCCGAUCUGUAUCCUUCUCUCAAGCACGGAGUAAUCCAGUCAAGUGAGAACGGUACAAUGAUUCACUGCAACGAAGGCUACAUCUUCCCUGCGCACUGGAAUGCCGGGCAAGUUUUCUGCGACGCCGGACGCUGGAAAGUCCGAGUUGUAGAUCCGGAGUCUGAUGGUGCAAUCACAGACUGUAUUCCAGACUGCUCAGUCGCUUGCCACAACGGAGGCACGUGUUUGGGUGAAGCGUUAGGUUGCCGCUGCCCCACGAGCUUCACAGGGCGGCACUGCCAGCACCUCAGCUGCCUCGACACGCGUCCUGAAAUUCCGCAGCCUGUCAACAUUACGGAGGAGACGACCGUGUACCCCUUCCUCAAGACCUACCAAUGUUUGGAUGGUUUCUUUUUCAAUAACGGCGCCAAAUCCCAGCACAUUUACUGCCAGAACGGGAUUUGGGUGAUACAAGAUACCGGCAUCGCCGCCCCUAUUACCGAACUACCGAAGUGUUCGGAAGGCUGUCCACGAGGCUGCGGCAACGGAGGGUCGUGUAUGGGUCCCAAUACCUGCGUUUGUCUUAAAGGUUUCGAGGGAGAACGUUGUGAGAACCUUGCUUGUGAAAUUCCCUCGCCCAGCGAACUUAAUGGCAACAUCAUGACCAAUGGCGAUGGAUCUCGGUAUCUCGUAUGCCAUGAGGGCUACAGCAGACCAGACGGUUCAAUGACUGCCCAAGUCCACUGUAAAGCCGGCAUUUGGACUGGGACUUCAGAAGGGACUUCAACGACGUCUUCAAAGACUCAUGUGACGUGCGGACCAAAGUGUGAUCCCCCUUGUAAGAACCACGGUGUCUGUGUGAGCCCUGACCGCUGCGAGUGUCGUCCGGAGAACACCGGUCCGAGAUGUGCAGAUUUUAUAUGCAGUAAAGAACCGCCGAAGGCUCCGCUGAAUGCAAAAAUCGAGAAAAGGAGCACGAACGAAGUGUCUUACCUUUGCGACGAAGGCUAUAGAUUCGUCACGGGUCUCUCGAGAUCUCUCCUCAAGUGCCUCGAGGCUGGCUGGAGUCUCGUGGAGGAGGAUGGAGAGGUCUCAAAAAUUCAACCACAAAAUUUGGUUUGCGAAAAACCGAAAACCUGCAUCGAUCCCCCACCGGCAGUCAAAAAUUCGGCUUUGGAGUACAAGGGGUCAGACUUGGAGACGCCGAUGCUGAGAUGCUACAAAGGCUACUCGCUGCUAACUGGAGACAAAGAGUUUGCACCGUCGUGCGUGAACGGCGACUGGGUCCUGACGAUAAGCCAGAAGCAAGGGUGCCUUCCCGAGUGCCCUCUUGGGUGCCAGAACAAGGGAGUGUGUGUGGCACCCUCGGUGUGUCAGUGCCAGCAGGGAUACGGAGGCCCUCAGUGUCAGAACGAGCUGUGUCUGCAGCCUAUACGAGGCAAUAAUUUAACUGUAACUGUAAGAGAAUCCAGCGUGAUUGCUUCAUGUGAACACGGUUAUAUCUUCAAGAACGGCGAGUCUACAAUAGCAAUGGACUGCAAAGCCGGAGCCUGGGUCUAUCCGCCAGGUUACGAAGCGCUGGUCUGCGUAGCGGUCUGUGUACCGGCUUGUGAGAACGGAGGCAUCUGUACUGCACCGGGCACUUGUGCUUGCGAUGAGAAUUAUUCAGGGCAACACUGCCAAAACAAGGAGGCUUGCGCUUCUGGCAUGCCGCAGCUGCCUCACUCCCUAACUGAGAACGUAGGCGGUGGCUUCUACCGCGUGAAGUGCGAGCCAUCAUUCGUGUUCUCGAGCGACGUCAAGUGGCUGGAACUGCGCUGUCAGCUCGGUAACUGGAGUUAUGCAGGCUAUGCCAACCAGUCAUCGCUGCCUCAAUGUGUGCCCAUGACUGGCAAAGUGUGCGAGCCAAAGGAAGGGAAGUCCUGCGGGAUGUUAUACGAUCCUCAAUGUGAAAUUCAACCUCCUAAAAUCCAGAAUGCUAUUGUUUCGUACAAUUCCUCUGGAGGAAUGGUAACGUGCGACGAAGGCUAUUACUUAAACAAUAGUCGCGCUUCGACGCCAUUCAAGUGUCGGGGCGACGUCUGGGCGUAUCCGGAAUGCGAUACCGACGAUCCGCCGAUCUGUGAACCCAGGUGCAAAAUUCCGUGUCAGAACGGAGCAAAAUGCACUGGUCCGGAAACAUGCUCUUGCCCACCAGGCUUCACCGGAAAAUAUUGCUCGGCAAAAAUACAACUGCCCUGCGUCUCGCCUCCGCCUCCCGUGCCCAACGCGGCCGUGCAGAUCAGUUCCAGAGGACAGUUCGUGGUGUGUGCUCGAGGGUAUAAGUUUUUAUCGGACCGCCUCAAGGAAGAAAUUUGGUGCAAAGACGGGGAGUGGAUGUUCCAGACGAGGUCCACGUCUCAGAGGACGAGGGCUUGCUAUCCUAUAUGCAGCACCGAGUGUCUCAAUGGAGGCGAGUGCACUGCUCCGGACGUUUGCACCUGCGUUCAUCCGUUCACCGGCAGUGAUUGCGGAAUCCCGGACGAACGAAACUGUUGGACCAUCUCCGGUGUAGCCAGGAACGCGCUUGUUGUUUACAAUUCAACGCAGAUGACGUCGCGUUGUGCUGACGGUUACAUCAGCACUAUUGACAACGUCGUUGCGGAGCCUCCUAUUUGGAACCAAACCUGCGAAGCUGGGAAAUGGAAAGACGAUCAACGACAAUUUCCUUCUCGAUUAUCAACUUCAGACGCUGACCCGCGACCAACAAACCUCCCCGAUGCUUCUCCGAUUCUGCAACGUAACUGUACUGCAAUUUGUGAAAGAUUCUGCCUGAAUGGCGGUGUGUGCGUGGAGCCCAACCGGUGCGAAUGCCCGCCAGGAUACAGCGGUCAGAAUUGCGGCACAACGCAGCCAAAAAAUUGCACUGACCUCCCGCCUGUGGUACCCAGGGCAUAUUUGAGUUACAGGUACCCUGAGAACGAAGUUGUUGUCCAGUGCCUACCCGGCUACGCGAUCAAAAAAGGAAUAACGCGCACGAGCCUGGUUUGCUCGAACGGUUCUUGGUUCACGAUUUUAACGCCGCAAAACGAAUCCAAAAUCAUAAACUCAACACCUACAACUUCACCUCGAAGUGCCUCGUAUCCCGGAAACAAUGUAUGGGCGCAAAGAAGCAUUGCGUAUGAAACUGCAAAGAUCAUUUACGGUCCAAGAAGUCCGGGUUCAAAAUACGCGGAGCAGGCCCUGUAUCCGGUGGGAUCACUUGCUUGCUCCGCAGUUUGUCAAAAACCCUGUCUGAAUAAUGGAGUGUGUGUUGCUCCGGAGAAGUGCAAAUGCCCCGAUGGUUUUGCCGGAGAUCAUUGCCAAGUCAAAAAGUGCUCAGGGGCCCCUGAGAAAAUACAAAAUUCUAUGAUGAUCUUCAGUGACGACUUCUUGAAUGGAGUUUCCCGCUGCCGUUCAGGAUACAAAUUGCCCAACGGGGACAUCGCUGCCGGGUUUGACUGCGUCGAUGGAAUGUGGAUAUACCAGGAGGAAAUUCCCGUGGAUGCGGACAACGCCUCUAGAUCCUCAUCCGAAAAGUCUUCUUAUACCAACUUGACGAGCUCCACCUCCGCCCCCUACCCCUCCUGCCUGCCCGUGUGUUCACCCCCCUGCCUCAACGGGGGCUGGUGCGCUGCCCCCGGCACCUGUACGUGUACGGAAGGCUUCUACGGCGACAUGUGCAACUUGCGAUAUUCUCGCACCGUCAACGGCAGCUCAUGCGUGUUCCCGUUCGUGUUCCGUGGCACACGAAGAUAUUCUCGCACCGUCAACGGCAGCUCAUGCGUGUUCCCGUUCGUGUUUCGUGGCACGCGUCACUUCGGCUGUACGGGCGCCGGCCACAGCGUCCCGUGGUGUGCCACGGCCGUCACCGACACGGAGGAGGUCGUCGCCUGGGACGUCUGUGUCGCUGACCUCGGCAUGAAGAAAGUGGUACUCACGGAGGACCACAAGCAGUGCGUGUUCCCGUUCGUGUACCGAGGUACUGAGUACCAUCGCUGUACUACCACUGAGCGUGGCAGGGGAUGGUGCGCAACUCAAGUUCAUCAAAAAGUUAUGGUCAAGUGGAGCUAUUGUGCUGCUGAUCAAGGCGGAAAACUCGUGGCUCUGACAAGCGAAGGCAUCCCUUGCCAACUGCCAUUCCAAUAUGGUAAUCAAGCAUACCUUUCCUGCGUGGACGACACGCGUUCUCCGUGGUGCGUGGUGGGAGAGAAACAUUCCGUGUCGACCUCCUUGUUGCGUGAUGGCAGCUACGUGACUUCUCCCCAGACAGAAAUCGUCUACGGAGUCUGUCUCGCUCACUGGGGUCACAAGAAAGUUCAAGUUACGAGACAAGGUCACUUGUGCACGUUUCCUUUUGAAUUCGAGGACCGCAUGCACUCCACCUGUGUUUAUAAUUCUUCAGCUCCCCCUGGCUUCCGUCUGUGGUGCGCAACUGAGGUGACGCCGUCUGGACAUGUAGUCAAGUCCGGGAUCUGCUUCGAGGAAAAUGAUACUCCUCGACUGUCGAGUACUCUUCUCGUAGAAGUGUAUCCGCAUCUAAACCUGAUUUUCCCGAGCAUCCAAACGCUGGGCAACCGUUGGUGCGUGUUCCCGUUCUCGUAUAACAAAAAACUGUACACUACCUGCACCCAAGCACCAAUCAUCCCAGGCUCAAUGAUUGGCGGCUCAAUGCAAGCAUAUUUUGACCAAAAUACUGACAGUCACCGCGGCCAUUACUGGUGCGCCACCUCGCUGGCUCUCGACGGCAGCCCUAUAGAGUACGACAUUUGUGACCCGAACUGGCAGGCCGUUUAUAAAAACUUUACUCGAAGUCUACGGUAUAAAACGAACUUAAAUCAGCUCGAAAAAGACAUACUCGUGAAAAUCGAGACGAAAAAAGGCCACUUCUGCAGCGUACCGUUUGUGUACCAAGGCUUGCAGUAUUACGGAUGUGUCACAGUGGAAGCUGGCAAGUCUGUACGCCCUUGGUGUGCGAUCUCAGUCACAACAAAGGGCUCUCCUAUUCUCACUGAUGAAUGUGUACCUAACUGGGAUUUGAACUAUCCUGCUUCAGCUCUAAAGCCACUGCCAGUUCUUCCACGAGACGCUUCUCCUUCAUCGUCACUCCGUCAAACAACGGACACCAUCAUCACAGCCAGCGGAGUCCCUUGCAUCAUCCCAUUCCUCUACCAAGGACUCGUCCACAGUUCAUGUAUCGGUGAUACGAAACCCUGGUGUCCGACGCAGCUUGAUGCAACUGGGGCUCCUUUAGCUUGGGAUUAUUGUCCAGAAUCGCUGUCUAAUGCUACCCGAGGGAGAACAGAUGGGUUACCCCCCGCCCCAUUGCAAGCCGCGCACACGUUCACGGUGAAAGGCCUACGGUGCGUGUUUCCCUUCGUCUACGAAGGCGUCACGUACGAGACAUGCGCGUCUGUAGGAGGCGGCCGCCUGUGGUGCGCUACAGAGGUGGACGUGUUCGGCGCACCUACGUCUAUUGAUGACUGUAUCACGAGUGAUGAUUCUUCAAACCGAGCGGCAGUAGUGAUGACCCGAAGCGGUUUUCCAUGCAUCUUCCCAUUUUAUUACGAUCAACACCACUUUUCAGCAUGCACAUACUACUCCACCAACCGUUUGGACUUGAUCAAAUCCAAUGUAUUUAGCAGCUUUGAUCCAGCAAAACUUUCUUCGACCCCCGGCCACUUCACGUUCACUCCACCUCAUGGGGAUGGCAAUAAAUUUGCCCCGGGCGUUUUACGCGACACUGAACGCUUUCCUCGCUCCAUGCUUGACGGAGGACAUAAAGAUUUUGCGGCUAUCUCGCAAGCUGAAGUGGCAAGAUUAUCGGGAAUCAAUUCCGGCCGCCAUGCUGUUAAAGAAGACACUGCCUGGUGUGCCGUGGCCGUGAGCUUAGAAGGAGUGGUCACCAUGAAGAGCGAAUGUGUUGGGAAUUUCGAAACAGACAUUGGCGAUCGAACUUUCCAAGCUUUCUACACGUCGUCACUGCAGGAGAAUUUCGGCAGACCCAAGACUCAUGAUGUUAACUUGAUGGAAAAAUUCCUGAAGGAAGAUGAGUCCGCUUGGUCCAGGGCCCUGAGGGGAGCGGACGCAGCCGGCCAACCCGUGCAGACUCCACCCUUUCCAGCGGCCAACAGAGCGAACAUCUCAGAUGCAACAAUUAACAUCCCCAGAACAAAUCGCAACACAGAAACAACAGCUAAAGUUGACGCACUGAAAGCACUUUAUUCGGCAACUGACCUGCAGCAUCCUAAGCGAUAUGAAGGAGAACAUGAGUCAAUACUGGAAGAAGGGCCACCUCAUGCUCAGCUCUCGUCAACAUAUCCUAGUGAAAGUGACACGUCGUUUGAAAGUUGGUUGAAGAAUGCAGCCUCAAAGAAAUAUAUCCAAGAGAACGCACACAGUGCUGAUAAGUACCUAGAUUCCUAUCCUUAUUUCAGACAGGACCGUGCGUGGAUGAAUACACCCGCUCCUGUCAGCUUGGUUAACCAUAAUAAAGAAGAUCAGCGGCCCAGGUAUUUUUAAAACAGCGCAGCCCAGAUAAAGUCAUGCAACACAGACAAAAUUACUUACUACAAAAAGAAGGUUUUGUACUACAAUUACUACAAAAGAAAAGGUUUCUACGUUCGAGUAGUUUAAGUGAACAAUAUCAGGAUCAUUUAAUUAGCGAUUAAAUAUUUUUUGCUUUGUGUACUCUUCACUCAUGCAUUUUUCAUUCAUGCUAACUAUUUGAAUUGAGGUAACAGUUUUCUUAGAAAAUUUUAGCAAUUAUCCAUUGGUUUACUAUAAAUUGGUCAAAAAAUAUUAAUUAAAAUAAUGGGCAUUUUUUUACUAUUAUUUUGUUGUUAUUUUACUAACAUUAUGUGCGUCUGCCUAACAAAGACGCAGAGUUCUUAGCUCGCAGAACUAGUGGGGGACGAAACAAUGUUAUGGGUGACUACACAAUUUUGGGUGAACAGGUGCGGUGAAUAGAAAUAUUCAUGGCGAAUUUACUCUUCGAUAGGCUACAUUAAUACACUUUUGAUACGAUUAGGGUAAGUCGAACAGUAAUGAGUAUAUGAACUAAAUUAAUUUUAUUGAUUUAUAAUAAUUUUAAGUACACU